AGGGUGAUAGGAUUCUAUUCCUCCAGCUUAGGGAGAGGCAGCAGCAGCAGAGGAGAGCUAGAGCAGCCGAGGCCAGCAGGGCUUUCGCUAGCGAGCCCGCUGCUACAGCAGCCAUGGCCACUUCCGCUAUGGUCACUUCUGCGCAGCAGACUUCCCAGGCCAGCAGUUCAGGUAUCAUCGGGUCAACGGUUGCGCAGACCGUGAGUCAGUCCACUGGCGUUAUGGCAAGCCAGGCAGCAGUGUUGACCCCAGAGGAUGUCGCCAUCCAGCAGGCAGCCCUGCAGGAGGCACAAUUACAACAGGCAUUAGGACAGAUAAAAGCGGAGAAGGAGAAGAUGAUUAAAAGAAGAGCCAGGAUGCAUCGGAGAGGGGCAGACAUAGAGGAGUUAGAGACGAUGGACCUGACGAACAUGGAUGAUGAUGUGAGGGUAGUUCGGAGGGCCCUGCUAGGAGUCAUAGAGAUGCAGGAGCAUCAGACUACCAUCCUUCAGGAUAUCCAACAGAGCCUAGCCAUUGUGGCAGGGCGUGCUCAGGCGGCACCAUCACCAUCCGGGCCUGGUGCCUGGCCCAUGGCAUAUCCUCCUUUUUCUGUCCCACCGAUGACAGGGGUAUCCCCAUAUGUAGCCCCGUCAUCGAUUGCAAUCGUUUCCCUGGGCAUGCCGGUGUCAGGAGGGAUAUCAGCAGGGACUAAUUUGCAGGUUCCUGUUCAGACAUUGUUCACCCAAACUCCGUCGCAGGUUGCAGUCACCACGCAGCCUGCUGUCUCGCAACCUGUGCAGCCGCAGGGCACACAGCCCCAGCAGCCGGUACAGCAACCUGUGUCACAGGGUCCACAACCCGUAGUGAUGCAGGGACCGAGACAGACACAGUGGGUUUCAAAGACGGCCAUCGCCGCUCCCAAACCUUUCACAUGGGAUAAGAGGGGCGAAGACCUUGACACGUGGUUGAGGGCAGUGCCGGUCUACGUCAAGUGUAAACUUACCUUGCUGCACGAAGAAGUGCUUGUGGCUGCUUCCUACCUAGAUGGUAGUGCAGCAAGAUGGUUGAGUGGUUUACUGCAGCUUCAGGGGUAUGGUCAUGACUUCCGCGCUUGGGCGCACGCUAUGAAUCGGAUAUUCCAUGACUACUUGGAUAAGUUUGUCAUCGUGUACCUCGAUGACAUACUUAUUUUUAGUAAGACUGUCGAGGAGCAUGUUGCACAUCUGGACAAAGUCUUCAGUCUCCUGCGACAACACAAGUUCAAGAUCAACGGUGAGAAGUGCGAGUUUGGCUGCACCCGUGUCUUGUACUUGGGUCAUGAGAUCUCCGCGGAAGGGUUGAAGCCCGAUGACGCGAAGGUGGCCAGCAUUCGUGAUUGGCCAUGUCCUCCGUCUGUGACUGAGAUGAGAUCUUUCUUAGGAAUAACAGGCUACUAUAGGACCUUCGUUAAGAACUAUAGUGUAGUGGCCGCUCCUUUGACUGAUCUGACGCGCCUUGACACCCCAUGGGAGUGGACAGAUAAGUGUGAGGCUGCUUUCAGACAUCUGAAGCAUGCGUUGACGCACUACGAGGUCUUGAAACUUCCUGAUCUUGAUGAGCCGUUUAUGGUCACCACGGAUGCCAGCCAACAUGGCAUUGACGCUGUGCUCGCGCAGCAGGAGGGGCCAAAGUUGAGGCCUGUAGAGUACAUGUCAAAGAAAAAUCCGUCUCAGAAGUUGGCUAAGUCCACCUAUGAGAAGGAACUCUAUGCCCGUUGGAUCGAAGUCAUUGAGCAAUAUGACUUUGACCCUCCGUAUCUCAAAGGGGAGUACAACAAGGUUGCUGAUGCCUUGUCGCGUAGACCUGAUUUCUCGGGUGCGUUGAUUACUGAGUUUGAUCUGACGGACAAUGUUACUCAAUCCUUGGUGGAAGCCUAUUGCGAGGACCAGUUCAUGUCUGAGAUCAUACGCAGACUUCAAGCGAAUGACAAGAAGACCUCUGCCGAGUUUGAGUUGGUCAAUGGCUUGGUGUUCCUUGAGAAGGCAGGGAAUAAACGAUUGUGUGUUCCUAAUAGCGAGUCUUUGCGUAGUUUGUUUUUAGGUGAGUGUCAUGACGCCACCGGAUAUUUUGGGUAUAAGAAGACCGAAGCCAAUUUGCUGCAGCGGUUCUGGUGGCCCACGAUGAUGCGAGACGCCCAACUGUACGUGGAGACUUGUCAGGUAUGUCAAAGAGACAAGCCAUGUACUCAGGCUCCUCUUGGGCUCUUGAAGCCCCUUCCAAUUCCGGAACGGCCUAGUGAGAGUCUGUCCAUGGACUUCAUGGAUACCCUCAUCACCAGCAAGAGUGGGAUGAGACAUAUCUUCGUCAUCGUGGAUAGACUUAGUAAGUAUGCUAGGUUAGUAGCAAUGCCGGGAACAGCAAGGACAGAGUACGUAAUUAGAAUGUUUAAAGAGAACUGGGUCAGGGAUUUCGGCUUAUCGAAAUCCAUAAUCAUUGAUAGGGAUGUCCGAUUUACCAGCGAACUGUGGAAGGUCGCUGCUGCAGAACAGGGAACCCAGUUGCAAAUGACUUCUGGGAAUCACCUAGAGGCCAACGGCCAGGCCGAGCAACUGAACCGUGCGGUACAACACCUGUUGAGGCAUUAUAUCAAGUCCAACCAGGUGGACUGGGAUGAGAAGCUUGCACCCAUCGCCAGUCUGUAUAACAAUGCAGUAUACAGUGCUACCGGGGCCAGUGAGGGUGCCGUGUUUUAUGGGAUGGUACAUUAGGGAGGGUAGCUUGAGUAGCUGGUAGGAUACGAUUAGCCGACUAUACGGAUGAAGGAUACUGGGGUCUCUGCAUCCGCUCGGGUGGUCUGCAACAAAAACAGGCGGAUUAUGCGGGUGGUUGGGAAGUGGGCAAAAGAGGAUAUGUAGCAGGUGUCACUACAUAACCGAAUGACAUAUCAUAUGGAUUGUGGGAAGGCUGGAGUAUCUCUAAUUACGCGUUUUUCAUAUAGGAAUACAUUCGAAUAAUGCCCCCUUUCUUUUCUCUUUUCUCUUUUUUCUUUUUUUCUUUUUUUCUUUUCUUUUUCUUUUUCUUUUUUGCUCUUGUUUUUGCUUUUCCUUUUCCCUUGUCAUACUCUUUUUCGGUCUUUAUCCAUUCUACAAUGACAAUGUUCAACUCAUCCGUAGUGGCUGUGAGGAUUUGUCUAUUUGUAGUAAGUUCCAUAUCUUGAGCAAUUGUCUUGUGGACCUCUCUGAUUCCCGGAAUAUUGAACAAGUUUGUUUGUAGACAUUGUUUCUAUGGAUAAGAAAUGGUUGAAUUGUAGUAAAGCAAAUGUUGCAUC